GUGCCUAGAGCUACCUGAAAAACAUUCAACGUUCUACUCACGAUUCUACUGGUCAUUUCUCCUCGUCCUUUGCUGUGACUUGGUAAAGAUGCUGCAUUAAAGCCCGAUUGAAAAACAAGACAUGCGGUCAUGAAACGGGAGGUUAAAGUCUACCAUGUCGUAUUCACGUUUGCAAUAUUAUUUGAGCAAAGGUACGUUCCUAACCUGUAAAGUGACAAAUAGUUGUUUCCCUAAGAUAUUAUUUCGCUUCAAACACGAAGAGAAAAAAUUGAUAUUGAAAAUGAAUGAGGCGUUCGUUCGUUACGACGAAGAAGCCGAGACAUUCGAUGUGAGUUUUCGAUAUAUUAACGCAGAACGUAAUCUGAACAAGCAGUUCAAUUUCAACAGAAAACCCGAUUCCACGGUGUCCAAUUUUCUCUCAAGAGUCGACACGAAUGUCGGUAACGCUCUGAACGCAAAGAAAAAAAAGAGAAAAUUGAAAGGUAAGGUUUUAGAAGACCCCCUCCCUGUCGAGGAGUGCAAAUCUGCUCUCCUAUCCCAUGGUAUACCUGUCGAAGGUGACGCAGCCUGCAGAAGUAUUUUCACAUCAAAAGCUGACAUUAGCCUAGUGGUACUAGGAAGUGUAUAUUCAGUCAAAUACAACGCUCCAUGGGUGAGCGACAUCAGAUUGCCAAAAUGCAUACUUGCCGCGUUUCCAACUUAUCCGGCAAGGUUUGAAGCUUCUCACACUUCUCAAACCGAGACAACAUUUACGUGGUACACAAAUAACAAAUCGAAACCCCAUACCAACGAUUGGCAAGAAGUCGGUCAAGGAUUUGUUUACACCCCCAAAGUCGAAGAAAUUGGCUGCCUGCUGAAACUGCAAUGCGUGCCCAAAAAAGCAGAUGAAGUAGGACCAACCGUCGAAGUCCAAUCUUCGUCAACAAUUGAGGCUGGUCCAGGGCAUUGUCCAUUCGAAACAAGGCACUCAUUUACCAAGAAAAAACUCUCUGGCGAUUGUUUCAGAAUAGUGUCAUACAACAUACUCGCAGAUUUGUACACUGACUCUGGCUACUCUAGAGAUGAACUCUUUCCGUACUGCCCACCAUACGCUCUAGAGAUGGACUACCGAAAGUAUCUUAUUCUCAAAGAGUUGAUAGGGUACAAUUCUGAUAUUAUCUGUCUCCAAGAGGUGGAUCAUAAAAUAUUUCAUCGUGACCUACUUCCGACACUUUCAACUCUUGAUUACAACGGUGUUUUUAAUCGUAAGGGUGGGACUGUGAGUGAAGGGCUAUCGACUUUCUUCAACAUUCAUAGAUUCCAAAAACUGAACUUCGAAUCUACUGUCAUUGGUGAGAAUGUAGAUUUACCAGGAUUCGAUCAGACUUGGAAUUCUAUAACGAACGAAAAAGUCAAGGAAAGGUUUUUGCGCAGAUCUACUGCUGUGCAAGCAACAACAUUACUGUCGCUUGACAAUCCUUCAGAAAUUCUUGUUGUUGGCAAUACACAUUUGUAUUUUCAUCCGGAUGCCGAUCAUAUACGAUUAUUGCAAGGCUAUUAUAGCCUCCUUUACGUUCGUAACGUUGCAAAUGAAGUUCAGAAAAAGUUCCCGGACCACAAUGUAAGUAUCAUAUUGUGCGGCGAUUUCAACAGUUCACCAGAUUCUGGUAUUUAUCAACUGAUGUGCAAAAAUCAAAUACCUGAAGAUUACAAAGACUGGAGUAGUAAUACUGAAGAGGCAGUACAAUCUGUAUCACUAUCGCACAAUAUGUCGUUUGCUAGUGCAUGCGGUACACCCGAGUAUACAAACUUUACGAAAGGGUUUGCUGACUGUCUUGAUUACAUAUAUUAUCAGACGGACCGACUGCAAGUUGAUCAAGUCAUUCCAAUGCCAAGCACUGAAGAGCUCACCCAACACACAGCGUUACCAUCCGUCGUAUUCCCUAGUGACCAUAUUAGCAUAUGUGCAGAUCUCAAGUGGAAUAUAACUCGUUGAUAAUUAUUAUUUUAGUGAAAUUUGUAAGAUCGAAUGAAUUUUCUUGAGCAAUUAAAAUAUGGAUUUUCAUGAAUUGGAAUUAGUUUUUCGAAAAAAA